AUGUUUCUUCACUGUCCUCCGUGGCGAAAGCCGCGACCAGCAUCUCCAUCGGAUGUGGCUCGAUCAUACCAAGCCAGCCAGGCAAGCCAUGCAGCGGCGCGGCGGCACAAGACACAAGAACAUUCGUCGUCUCCGCACUCGAAAUACCAUCCUGAGAGCAUAUCGCGCAUCAUUCGGCGCCGAUUCUCCCGCGAGUCCAGAGCAUCGAGUGCUCAUCAUGAAUCAAGCAAGUUCUUGUUCCCAUUCUCGCGUAGGUCGUCAAGAUCUGCCUCGAAACCAGCUACCCAGCUUGCAGCGUUGGGAGGGUAUGGCAGCAGCCUGGUGAGCGAAAGUCGAUAUGAUAGUGACGCACAAUUCAUCUCAACCCCCAGACGCGAGCUUAUGGAGGCUCCCGCAAAUCGUGCGCGUCGCCAAAUAGAACUGAGUAACUUGAUCGAAGGAAGUCAGGAACACCGGGAAUCCGAACGCUGGGCUAUCGGCCUUGGGCACGACAUUCCAGAACCCCCUGAGUCGGUCUAUGGGAUGCGUUUCCUGCAAACACCACCCAGUACCUUCAGAAGUCACCGCGGUCCAUACAAAAAUGUUCAGCACUCGGUCUCUUUUGAAGGAGAUCAUAAACACGGAGUGGUCUCGGCAAGGUCCAUGCCAGAUCUGAACUCGACCAGUCAACGAUGCAAUGGAUCAGUUGCGGGACCAGCUCCUGCGAUCCAGUAUAUUCAGAGCAGCAAUGGUCAAAAACACCCGACAGACAGUCGAAGCAUGGGAAUGAGCGGUCGCAAGGACGAACUAACUUUCCCAAACUCAUUGUCAAACCAGCCACCGGAUCUUGUUGUUGCCAAAAGACGACAGCGGACUGACUCGGGCAUGUUUUUGAUGGACAGCGAGAGCGUUCAUCUAGAAGAUAUGGGUAUUUCACAUCGCCUCGCUUCCCAACCUGCAUCGUCUGCGCCGGUUUCUUGCAACCCCUCACUUGCGGAGUUGAUUCACAACAAUAGAUAUGGCGUCUUUAUGAACUCUUCACAAGAGAAUAUGCCAGUCGCGCAGAGAUCAACCACCUCGGUCGCCUCCGGACACAAUGCACCAGCACCGGCUUAUCACCACCAAGUGGGAUCGUCGUAUUACUCUCAUCAGCCAAGUUCGAUCUCAGCCAAUGCGUCUCCUCGUUCUAACUCUUUUACCGUCGAUGCAGGAAAUCAUGUAAACCAUGUCGGUGGGGUCCAUGGCAGCAAGUAUGAUGUCGGAGCGGAGAAGAUCUGCCUCCACCAUGAUUCUGCUCGUACAAGUCCUGCUAUUGGUAGCAAGUUCCAGGAGCAUUGCGACAAUGAGAAGCCACCAGGUUCGCAAACUCAUAUUGAGUCAAAGGAUGUGCAAAGGAUUGGCGCACCGCGCAAAAUUAGUGUGGGUUGGAUGUCUGGAGGCCGGCGAGUUGGCUAUGGGUAUAGCUCAGUGCCCGAUGACGAAGCUGCACGUUAUAACCAACAUGAACAUGGGCAUCCCAAUGUACAGCAAACCCCAGACCGCAAGGCAGAAGUCCAGAUGAGAGAUACAAAUGUUCAAGGAGGCCAUGCUCGUCAAAAUCAAGUGCAAAGAACCGACCUAGUGCGUCCAGCUCCGCUAACCAUCCCAGAGACGCGGUCUACAUCAGUCAAUGACCAUGCAAACCACCCUGAAGUCGAUGCGGACACUCUUUUCAAACUGCAGAAUUCUAGUCAAACCAGGAACGAGUACCCACAGCCCUCUUACCUUCGAGAAAUCUUGGCGGGCCGUUAUAGCCAAGAACAAGAUUGCAGGCCCAUGGUGUCGGAGAAGCGAAGCACAAUGAGCCUACAGGCACCUGAGACACCAACAAUGACCCAAUUUGAACAUUGUCACGUCCAACAGGACUCGAAUUACACGGGCCAGCAAUCAGAUACUGCGGUGCAUCGCUCUCCUCGCCUUAGUCAAUCGAUGAACUCACAUCCCCAGAAUCAAAAGAAUAAAAGAGGCCACAGAACCGCGCUACCGGGCUCAGUUCACCAGGAGAAGGAACGACAUGUUUCUGCCCCAGGGCACCAUGAAGUGGACAUUGACCCGGACUAUCUUGGUAUAGAGUACGACUUUGACGCCGAGGAUGUCGCUCGACUAUUACGCCCCAGCAACGCCCGCGGCGCAAAUUGGGUCCGCAGGCUCUCCAAGCGCAACACCAGCAAGAGAGACUCGAAUGCGCACCCGAUAGAAGCAUCACAGACGUCGCCAGGUCUUUACCAGGCUCGUUUCUCCAACAGCCUCGAGCGAGCGAAUCCCACCAAGAGUAUCGGUACAAAUGCGGAGGAAUUAGCGAGUAUGUAUCAGGAAUGUCUUGAUAUGCCUGGAUCUUUUGAAGGAAGUCGAUGGGCUAGUCGGACUAGUCGAAUGUUGUGGGAUCUGGUUACGACGGAUGAUCGGUGA